CAUGAGUAAUUUCCAGCUGUAACUUACUUUCAAUUAUAAAUCAUUAUUACCGGCUCUCCGUCAUAAAAUGGUUUUUAAAACGAACAGAUGAUGAGAUGAAAAAACCUUAUAAACUCCCUCCUAUAUUCACUAUAUACUCAUAUAUAUACACACGUACUUUGAUUUUCCGAUUUCUCUUUUAGGUUCGAUUCUUCCCGUCGGUACAAAUCGAUGACAAUUGCCACCACUACUCGCAUCACUAUCAUUCUACAAGCCUUCGAGAAGUUUAUGAUGGUGCGUGGAAGUAACUAGCUUGACGAAAGGCUCCUUAUCCAAUGGACCUAAAAUUUCGUUUCAGCUGGCUCAGGGAUUAUUACAGGUUAAUGUGCAUCAAGAUUCACUAUAUACCAACCUCCAAAAAUGGCAGCUACAAACCACCCCCAACAACUCUGCCCUGGCCAAUGAGAGAGGGACACGUGGCUGCUACCACCCCUCUUGACCCUUGUCAAAGGCCUAUAAAUAUGAGAAGGAAAAGGGAAAAGGGGAGAAGAAGCAGUAGUUCAGGAAGUAGAGUCAUCAGUAUAGUGCUGUAGAGGGCCUUUUGUUUAUCUCUCAAGUUCGGCGGUUCAAAAUAAUGAGGAUGUCUUCAAUACUCGAGAAUCUAUGCACAGUCAUGCUGUACUUACUGCAAAGAAGUUGAAUCCAUGCACAUUGAUGUCGUUGAUAUCCAAUUAGCUUUCAUCGGACGUUGCAAAUCAACCAUACAAUAUAUUGUCUGCUUGUAAAAGAAACAAAGGUGCAGCGAACGGAAGAAUCACAUUAUUCAGAGGAGCGAAUUGGGGUGAACACAUCAAAAAGGAAUUCUGUGAAGAAGGUAUAUCUUCUUAAAAGGUGGUGUGAGAUAUAUUUUAAGCUUAUUUGGGUUUCAUGGAAGGAGCUUUGGAAAUGGGACAAGAAGAGCUUUCUGCAGUGUAUAGUGGUGAUAAUGAAAGUUACAACAAUUUUAGGUUUAAAUUACGGCGUUGUGGCCUUAAGUGGGUUCCCAUAAUGACUGUCUGGGAGCCAUGUACAAAGAAGCGGGCCAAACAAGGUUUGAAAGAUAUUAUUACUGAGAAGGACUCUAGUACCGAGGAAAAUUUGAGCAAUGAACAUCGUCAGGAUGCAAUUCUAGGCAGAAGUUGUAGUUCGCAAUUCGUGCUUGAAAAUCAAAGUCAUGCCAGCCUCACUGUUGUCGGGAAAAUUAAUUAUACAUGCAGCAAAAAGAGGGAGUACAAUAAUCAGAUUUCUGCCAUACCAGCCGAUAAUUGCCUGACCAAUGUGGAAGAGCUCUUAUCAACUGGAAUUUUGGAAGGAGCUAGGGUGAAAUAUGUCUCUACUUCUGGGAAUGUAAAGCUUUUGGGAAUUAUUAAAGAUGGGGGAUAUCAGUGCAGCUGUUCAAUUUGCACUAUGUCCAAAGUGCUGAGUGCUCAUGAGUUUGAGUUGCAUGCUGGCGGCAAAAGUAGAAACCCUCAUAAUCAUAUUUAUCUGGAUAAUGGGAAUUCUAUCUAUCGUAUAAUUGAAGAGCUAUGGACUACUCCACUAAAUAUGCUGGAGGAAGUUAUAAAACGUGUAGCUGGUUCAUCUGUUAACGAGGAGCAGCUUUGGACUUGGAAAGCAUCGCUCCACCAGAACAAAAAAUUGGCUAAAUCAUAUGAAGAUUGUAACAGAAAGUUUUUGGGCAUGAAUAACUCCAGCACAGGGCUAAGGUCUUGUCCGAGUACUGUUCGAGAAGGGGAAAAGAACACUGUAGGGCGUGCUAGAAAAAGGACCAAUGCUUUGCACAGUUUACUUUUUUCGCCUGGUGGACUCCAAGAUGGCACAAUAUUGAAAUAUUGUGUCAAAGAAAAGGUUUUACGCAUGGGCUACAAGCAGGAAAAAGGUGUGAUCUGUUGUUGCUGCGGCACCAAGUUUUCUCCUUCCGACUUUGAGAAACAUGCUAAACACAGUAGAAAACGACAACCCUACAAUUAUAUCUUUACAACUAAUGGGCAUACCCUGCACAAUAUUGCUGUUGAUUUAUUAGAAGGUAAAAGCAUCGAAAGCAUCGUCCCGAGCAGUAGUGAUGACAAGUGUGCAGUAUGUAGAGUAGCGGGGGGGCUUGUUUGCGAUGGUUGUUCUCGUGCGCAUCGGCCAGUUUGUUUUCGACUAGAGGUUCCUACCAGGGAUUGGCACUGUCCAAACUGUACAAAAAAUAUUGGACACGGCGGAAGAGAUCCAAGUCCCGUCAAUUUACAUCCUCAUCAAGUUGUUAUGCAACCAGUAUAUCAACCCGGUGAUUGUGUUAUUUGCAGGAAUCAAGUCGUCAGUGUUGAAGCUUGUGAUGGGCAAGAAGUGAUCCAAUGUUACCAGUGUGCAAAACAAUACCAUGUUGCUUGCUGCCUCGCCGAUGGGUCGUAUGAAAUUAUAAAAUCCCCGAAAGAUAUAUGGUUUUGUUGCUGCGACUGCAAGAGGAUACAUUUGACCAUGCAAAGUCGCCUCAAAGGGAAUAAGGGGCUUGCGUUAAACAAGAAGCUUAUAGUUGAUGGAGCUGCAAACAGUUUGCACUGCCAAAUAUUAAGUGUGAAAAGUAGCACCACAGAGGACUCGCGGUUGCUUUGUAAAGCAGCAACACUUUUCAAUGAGUGUUUUAAGACUCUUAGUUCAAAAGCUUAUCCCGAUCUUAUAGCAGCUAUGGUUCGCGGGAAAAAUAUUUCUGAAUGGGAAUCGAGGCAAAUUUUUUGUGUGGUUUUAAUUGUGGACUCUAUGGUUGCAUCAGUUGGUGUUCUUAGGAUAAUUAGCGGAGAGAUUGCAGAACUUCCUGUUGUGGCAACAACUAAAAGAUACCGAGGAAAAGGUUAUUUCCGGGCACUUUUUUCUUGCAUCGAGCAUUUAUUGGUUUCCGUUAAUGUUAAAAGAAUUAUACUUCCUGCUACCAAAGAUGCUGAAACAAUGUGGACUCGUAAAUUUGGCUUUGAGAAGCUUAGUGUUGAAAAAUUGUCAGAAUAUACAAGGGACUACCAGUUUACAAUGUUUUGGGAGGCAUCGAUGUUAGAAAAAGUGUUGGACGCUCCAAACUGUGAAUCUAAACUAGCGCAACCAACUUCACAGGUUGCUGAUUCAUCCAUAGCAUUAGAUAUGGAGGAGUAGUAACAGCUGUCAAGUAGAUGCUGUUUUUGAUUUUCGGAAUCGGAAACUAGAUUACUCCCUUUGUUUUGUUUUACAAAUCGUUUCGGAAGUCCUGAUAUUUUGAUAUUUUUUUAUGAACGUCCUUUGCUUUUCAAGACCA